AAUCUAAAAAAGGAUACCAAUUAGAUGGCCAUACAAUGAGUCGCGAUGAUCACAUGAAAUGGUUUCACGCAAAUUUAUCUCGCGAGGCAGCUGACGAUCUGUUGAGGCAAGGUUACGAGGAUGGUACAUUUCUGGUGAGGGAGAGCAGCACAGCAGCUGGCGAUUUUGUGCUGAGCAUACUCUGCCAGGAGGAGGUAUGCCAUUAUCAGGUGCGACGCCAUGGGGAGGAUGCCUUCUUCUCCAUCGACGAUGAGAUGCAGACAAAGAUACUCCACGGGCUGGAGACUUUGGUGGACUACUAUCAGCAGGGGGCGAAUGGUCUGCCCACGAAGCUGACGGUUCCGCUGAUUCGUGAUCCGCCGCCGCACAACACACGCAGGCAUGGCAUGACCAAUCUACUGCACCGUGCCACCAGCAAGAACGAGAGCAAAGUGGUCUUUGAGCUGCUCAAGUGUGGCUACCGCAACUUCGAUGCCAAGAAUCAGCAUGGACAGACGGCCCUCCAUCUGGCUGCGCUGCACUGUGAUGAGGACAUCCUGAAACUGUUGCUGGACGCGAAAGUACAGGUCAAUAGCUCAGACUCCUUCGGAUGCCAGCCGUUGCAUUAUGCUGCUCGGAACAAGCCGGCCAGUUUCAUACGCACCCUGAUCUCUGCCCAGGCCAAUGUCCAGGGCAGAAACUUAGAGAAUGGAUUCGUACCGCUGCACGAGGCAGCCAAGCACGGCAAUCUGGAGGGUGUCCGGGAACUGUUGCUGGCCGAAGCUCCCCUGCUGCCGCGCACCAGCUCUGGCGAGUUUCCCUUCGAUCUGGCCAAAGAAGCGGGACAAUCAACCGUCGAGCAAUUUCUGCUCAACUACAAGCUGCCGCCGGCAAGCACCACCAGAGAGCAGUGGUAUCAUGGAACGCAGACGAGAGAUGAGGCCGUGGCCACACUUACGCAAUAUGCCAAGGAACUGUUGGCCAAGCAGCCCGGUGUCGACACCUCUGGCUGUUUCCUUGUGCGCUAUUCCGAGUCCCCGGCGGCGUCUGGUUUGGUAUUGACCCUUCUCAGUGAUCAGGUGGUGAAAAACUUUCGCAUAUCGCAGGCUUAUCUCUACACGAACGGUGUCAAAGUGCAGUCUGAUGAGCAGAAAUUCGUGUUCAUCGAUGACGGUCCCUACUGGCCCAGCCUGGAGCAUCUGAUAGCCAACUUCAUGCGCUUCUCGUAUGGCCUGCCGGUUAGCCUUAAGUAUGCCGUGCCGCCCAAGCCGAAGCCGGAGGUUCCCUCAUUUGCCACCAUACCACGUUCUGCCGUGAAGCACAGGACGACGCCACCAGUGACGCCGCCUUCUCCUUCGACCAAUCAGCAUGUCCCCGCCUUGUCCAUCACGAAGAAGAAGCAAAAGGAGAACAGCAGCUUCGUGUUCAACACUCUGCGCCUGACGAACCCCAGAAAGGCUCUGUUCGACAUGAACAGCCUGCGCAAGAGCAAAUCCAAGAACAAACGAUCCGAGUCCGAGAGCAGUGUAAGCGGAUCGCUGGCCAAGACGGAGCGGGAGCAGGAACUCCAGGCAGCUGCUCCAAUGCUCAAAAGUCUAUCGUUCUCGACGGAGUUUUCCAACUUCAAUGUGGAUGCAGAUGGAACAGGAGCAGCAGCCGACGGAGAGCUGUACAAUGUCCCCAGGAACAAUACGCCAAUCGAGAUUGACUUGCCUCCAAUUGCCCAAAAGACUGAAGCAGAAGUUGAGUAUUUCACCAAGAGCGAUGUGGCCAUUGAGCGGGAGCGUGCCGGCCAGUGGAACGUCACUGGGUAUCAGCAUACCGUUGAUGUGGUCUGUAUGUUUGAUCAACCGAUCAAGACUCUGCCACCGGCGGCGACGCGCCUUAAUUCCCUCAUCUCUACCGGCUCCACUGAGAGCGAAAUGGCUGGCUACCUGCAACGGAAGUGCAGCGAAACUCCAACCACGCCCACUUCAGCCGCUUUGGAGGCGGCAAAGCUGAGAUUUUUCAUCGACAAAGAGAAUCUACUGGUGGAGAAUGAAAUCGGCCACGGGGAGUUCGGCUCUGUGCACCGGGGCUGGCUAGUGAAGAAAAGCAGUGAGGGCGGCGGUUCCAUGGAGUCGUCCCGCCAGGAGGUGGCCAUCAAAAUGCUGUGCGAUGAGCACAGCAACAAGCAGGAGUUUCUGCGCGAAGCCUCUGUGAUGAUGCGCCUGGAGCACAACUGUAUUGUGCGUCUCAUUGGCAUAUCGAAGGGGGAUACGCUGAUGAUGGUUCAGGAGCUGGCUCCCCUGGGCUCCAUGCUCCAGUACAUACUCGAUCACAGCGCAGAGAUCACGGCCAACACAGAGCUGAAGCUGUGGGCAUCUCAGAUUGCUUGCGGCAUGCAUUAUCUGGAAUCUCAGCAUUUUGUACACCGUGAUCUUGCUGCCAGGAAUAUUCUCCUGACCGCUCGCCAGCAGGCGAAGAUCAGUGACUUUGGAAUGUCGCGCUCCCUGAGGCCCGGCAGCACUGAGUACCAGUUCACACAGGGUGGUCGGUGGCCGAUACGUUGGUACGCCCCGGAGAGCUUCAAUCUGGGCGUCUUCUCGCAUGCCAGUGACGUGUGGUCGUUCGGCGUGACCAUCUGGGAGAUGUUUGCUUUGGGAGCACCUCCCUAUGGCGAGAUCUCCAAUGUGGAUGCCAUCAAGCUGGUGGACAGUGGAGAGCGUUUGCCCCAGCCCGAUCUCUGCCCUGCCUAUAUCUAUGCAGCAAUGCUAAGCUGCUGGAAGGAGCAUCCCAAGGACCGACCAACCUUUGCCUAUCUAAUGGAGUUCUUCACCCGCGAUCCCGACUACCAAAACCUGCCCGAUUUGGUGCAAACCGUUCAUAUAUAGCUCGGCUCCCCUCCCUGAGUGGACUCCACCUUCGUCCUUCUGUUUUAAAGUGCAAUUUUUUAAUGCUUUUAUCUUUUGUGUUUGGUCCUUUACUCUCAUAUUUAUUGGAGUAUUAUGAUUUAUCUAAUGGGGCUCGCAAACUGCGAUUGUUAUCCCCUUCUUUUCGUUUCCCCUGCACAAAGAGUAUUUCGCGAGUCCCGAUUUAUGUAUAUGCAUGUAUGUAUAAUCUGUAAUAAUCGUACAAAAAAUGUGUCAAUUGAAAGUGCCUUAAAAGAUUUAUAAAAU